AUACCAGCUUUGAGCGGGUUUCAAAUGGGGCUGGACUGCCAAGAAAGAUGCAACUUUAGCUUUGUUGACACGUGGACCUUGGUGCGGCGCGCCUUACAGGAGAAGCACUCGUAUUCCGAUGCCAGCCGCUACAAAAUGACUCAAUAUUUACCUUGUAUUAAGACGCGAGGUCGUUCACGAUAAUUUCAUUGUUUGCAAUUUACUGGGGCUAGGUCUCGGGAAGUUUCCGGACAGUUGCAAAAUGCCACGCAGGCAGACCGGCAUCGUAGCAACUAUGUGGAAGGAGGGUGAGUAGUUGCUGCAACAUUCCACAAAGGCGGAAUGACUGCCGGUUAAAAAUCAAGGCAAGCAAUCGGUCUGUAAAAUGACGAAAAUAAGGAAAUUGUUCCGAGGCAGCGGCAGGAUCCUAGGAUUGAUUUUUGUGGCUUCGAUUAUCUGGCUGAUCUUUGACAUGGCAGCGCUGAGGUUUUCCUUCACGGAGAUCAACAGUAAACUUUCCAAGGAGGAAUUCCUGCGCCUGGAGCGGCUCAGGUCGAAGGUGCUGCAGGACGAGGGGUUGCACAAAAUGUUCCGGAGGAGGCCGGGUGGUGGGCUGGCAAGAGGGGAGAGGGUCACCAGAGCUCUCCGCGGAAAUCCCGGCACCCCGAGCCGGCAGUCGGGCGGCGCCGUGGGUUUUGGGCGGAAUAACGAGGAUUUCCGCGCCCGUGCGCCCGCCAAACAGGCCCCAGACAGCCAGCUGCUUUUGGCCGCACCUGGAACCGUCAGGAAAGAACCGAACCCGCAGCCCACGGGACGCCGCAGCGACCACCCCCAACUUGCGCACCGAGUCGCCGGCGUCCAGACAACUGUCGCGCAUCCCGGGCCGGUAGUCGCGGCUUCUUCGCCCACCUUCCUGCCGGGGCCAGGGCAAAACCUGCCUGAGGUCCAAGCGCUGAAACCUGGUCAUCAGGGCGCUGGGGAGGCAGUGGACGUCAGUUUAAAAGUCGUGACAGAACUGGAGUGGGAAGGACAGGUGAACCGCAGCGGACCUGGCAGAGCAGGCACGGAGGACGGCGUGAAACUGGCCGAGGCAAGGGCUGAUACAAACCGCUCGGGAAUGCUAGUGGCUGCAGAUGCAUUGGGUUACUGGGUGCCCCUGCCAGGCGGAGAGAAGAGGGUACAGUGGACAGCAGUGAAUGCACCGGUCCAGGCGACCGGCGCUAAGCAAAUGAAGAAUAUAGUGAACCAAUCACGCAAUGAAGUUUGGAAUGGACUAGAGGGUGAAUUUACCAAUAACACGGAAAAUAAAAUUACUGUCGGCGGUAAAGCAUGGGAUGGGGCCCUAGGUAGCCCUGUUCACAACGCGGAUCGCAAGAAUGACCCUGUCCACGACACGGAUCGCAAGAGUGACCCUGUCCACGACACGGAUCGCAAGAGUGACCCUGUCCACCACUCGGUUCGCAAGAGUGACCCUGUCCACCUCUCGGUUCGCAAGAGUGACCCUGUCCACAAUACGGAUCGUAAGAUUCCUGUCCACAGUAAGAUUUGGAAGGGGACGCCAGGUGAACUUGUCAAUAUUACUGACUCAAAGAAUGUUGGAUUAAAUCAAAACGUAAUUAAAUACACACCUUUAACCAACGUGGUAAACAAAACAGCAAUAAAUCGCAUUGAAAGUAAAAACACGCCACUUGUUACCGAGAAAAAAGAUUCUUCGGUUAAGAUUGUAGAAAAAGUAAAUGUUAAAAGCAAUGAAACGAACGAUCAGCGGAUAGGAGGCAAUGUUUUAAAACGACCAGUUGCUAAUUUGGAAUCUGUCGCAGAAGUACACAAGGUUUUAUCGAUCGACAGGACUAUAUCUCCACGUAACCCUGGAGCCGUCGGUCAGUUUGGGCAACCUGCAGUUGUGCCAAGGGGAGAAGAAGAAAGAGCAAAGGAGAAAUGGAAUGAGGGACAUUUUAACGUACAUCUUAGUAACAUGAUCCCACUGGACAGGAGUAUCCCAGAUACAAGGCCAAAAGGGUGUUCCGACCAAUUGGUUCACAACAGCCUUCCAACAACGAGCAUUAUCUUGUGCUUCGUCGAUGAAGUGUGGUCUACACUCUUAAGGUCUGUUCAUAGCAUCUUCAACAGAUCACCUGCUCAUCUCAUUAAGGAAGUUAUUCUUGUAGAUGACUUUAGCACAAGAGAAUACCUGAAAGAGAAUUUAGACAUAUAUAUGUCACGGUUCCCAAAAGUUCAUGUUAUUCACCUACAGGAGCGUCAUGGUUUAAUUCGAGCCAGACUUGUGGGAGCAGCAAGUGCAACAGGAGAUGUUCUGACAUUUUUGGAUUCCCAUGUUGAAUGCAACGUUGGUUGGCUGGAGCCACUUUUGGAAAGGAUCCACUUAAAGCGAACAAAAGUAGCUUGCCCUGUCAUAGAAGUUAUCAGUGAUGAGGAUAUGAGUUACAUAGGAGUGAAUGGUUUUUUACGAGGAGUAUUUACCUGGCCCAUGAACUUUGGGUGGAAGACAAUACCUGAAGAAAUUAUUAAAAAAUACAACCUAACAGAAAUGGAUCCAAUAAAAUGUCCAAUAAUGGCAGGAGGAUUAUUUUCAAUUGAUAAGAAAUACUUUUAUGAACUGGGUACUUAUGAUACAGGCUUGGAAGUCUGGGGUGGAGAAAACAUGGAGCUGUCUUUUAAGGUUUGGAUGUGUGGAGGGGAAAUUGAGAUUAUCCCCUGUUCAAGAGUUGGCCAUAUAUUUCGUGAUGGCAAUCCAUAUACGUUUCCAAAAGAUAGAAUUAAGACAGUGGAGCGGAAUUUGGCACGUGUGGCGGAGGUUUGGCUGGAUGAAUAUGUUGACGUCUUCUAUGGUCAUGGUUACCAUCAUCUUCUUAACACAAAUAACAUUGAAUUUAACAUUGGAGAUCUAAGCAAGCAAAAAGAACUCCGGAAAAAACUUCAAUGUAAGAGCUUCAAGUGGUAUUUAGAAAACAUUUAUCCUGAUAUACAAACAUCUUUAGUGAGAUCUGAUGGCUUGCUGUUUAAUGUUGGAACAAGGAACUGCCUUGCUGUUGAAAAUGGCACAUUUUCAUUUGAAUUGUGUGAUAUUAAUAAAAAGAACCAACACUUCAGCCAUUCAUGGUUGAAGCUAAUACAACAAAGGGACUUGUGCAUGGCUUUGGACACCAAACGGGAAAUUGGCAUGAAACCUUGUAAUAAAAAAAGCAACAAUCUCAGGUGGUUCCAUCAGUCAUUUACAGCUGAUUCGACAUUAGUAGAUCAUAUCCUUUGGGAGGUCUCUCAGUUUCCUUUGUGUUUAGAAGGUAAUCUGUUUGGAAAAGUCUUGAUGAUAAACUCUUGUGAUCCAGAUAACUCCAAUCAGAAAUGGAAAUUUACGAACUAUUAUAAGGAUUAAUGGAGGUAAUGAUGCGAUGACACCCUGUGGUGAUGCAGGCAUUUUAAAGGGCUAACUGUUUGAAAUAUUAUUUGUUUGGGAUGAUGAUGCCAAAGCCAAUGAUGUUGAACAAAAGCGUACGAUCUUAAUCUCAAUAGCCCGAGAAGAAGUUUUAAAGACAAAUAUUUCCAAGUGGCACCAAAGAGAACUGGAAUACUGGGCAUUAUGCAAUACUUGGCUUGAAGCAUGAACAAUAAUAUUUUUCUGCUCCUACAGAAAAAUUAAACCUUAUGUUGUUCCAUCUAAUAUGAUGUAAUUUCUCACCUACUUUAGAAAACUGGAAAUUAAUUUAUUACAACAAUAGUAAACACAAAUCACUUGAAUUUGCUUUCCAUUUGCUUUUAAAAUCAUACUUUGAUAUCUGUAUCAAAAAGAAAGCUUUAAAUAUUCAUCUAAGUCACAGGAUGGGGUAAGAUAAAAUAAUUAAAAAAGUAUUUCUGUUUUUAGGUUUAAGUUUUUGUUUCAUUUGGUUCAACAGAACCAAUGAAAGGGGAAUUUUGCUUGCCGUCUUAUAUGAUGGAUUAGUGCUUCUAUUUUCAAAAAGUUUCCUUUUAACAUGAGUCCAAAUAUUUUGGACAAUACUCUAAGGAAUUUUCAUCUGCAUGUUAUAUAGCAAUUUGUAAUUCAAAUGUGUAAUCAAGUUUAAUAACCACCAGAAAGUGUUUGUGACCAGCAGAAAGACUGAAAACAGUGAAGGAAAAUGAAAUAUUAAUAUUGUAAUCCUGUGAUGAUACAUUUGUUGUACGAGUAGACACUAAGCAAAUGAAGCCUGUACUUCAACAAAACGAGAAGUGACCUUACAGAAUCGCACAAGGUUGUGAGAUGAGUAGAUAGAGUUAGCGUUUCCCUGGCUGUAUCAGGUGUCACAGUCUCAAAAUACAAGUUUGGCCAUAUUCCAAACUGAGAUGAGAAGAAGUGUCUUCAAGCAAAGAAUGGGGAAUCUUCAGCAUUCACAAUAUAAGAGUGCUAUGGAGUCCUGUCACUGAGUAUACUAAUAGAGAGACAAAUAGUUGUUUAAAUAUUUAGAAAACAGAGAUACCUAGCGCCAGUGCUGGAAAGUGGCACAGAUGUUAAACAUCUACUGUGAUUUUCUUGAAUGCCAAAGCAAGCCUGGGGAAGUGAGGGGGUAGAGGCUAUUCUUGAUUGUCUGCUUUUGAACUCAUUGAGGACAAACAAGCCAUAAACGUCUGUAGAGCAGAUGACAGAAGAAUAGACUGAAUUUUGUUAGUUGAUCCCCUUCUCCUUCCCCUCCCUUAUCCUGCUGUAUGGAUAUUUAUAGAACAAUCUGGUCUGGUGAGGGUCAUGUUUUACUUGAAAUUGGGUAUUCCAGACUUAGAAGCAGAACUUAAAUAGACUCAAAUAUUUACUUUCAGAAUCUCAAUAUAGCCUAUUGGCACUAAUGGGAUAUGGGAAAUUAAUAGAUUGAUCAUCUCCAUUCCUCCUCCUAUGUACACGUAUCACCUACUCAGCCAAGCUGAUGGACAAAGUGGAAGUGUAUAAAUAGUGAUUUCUCCUUCUGGGAAACAAAUCCCCCCCCCCCUUCAACUUUUCUUUAUUCCCCACUCACACAUUUUUCUUCUUCUCACCUACUUAUUAUUACCCCUGGGUCCCCACCUCCUUUCUCCGAUAGUCCACUCUCCUCUCCUAUCAGAUUACUUCUCAAGCCCUUGACCUUUCCUGCCUACCCAGCUUCAUCCAUCACCUUCUAGCCAUCGUCCUUCCACUCCCUCACCUUUUUAUUCUGGUAUCCUCCCCCUUCCUUUCCAGUCCUGAAGGAGGUCACCACCCAAAACUGCAACUUGUUUACUCUUCCCCAUAGAUGCUGCUUGAUCUUCUGAGUUCCUCCAGCAUUUUGUGUGUGUUGCUUUGAAUUUUGUUAGUGUUGGAACUCGAAUGUAGUACCAUCACUCAUAGAGAUAAUGGUAAUCAAAGUUUUUUUUGCAACCAUUAAGAAAGAUUUGCUUAAUUCCAAAAAUGCAAAUAUUGACAAUUGAUAGUUCAGAAAAGGGAGUUGUAUACUAAAAAAUACAGCAAAGGAAUAUUUCUGCUUUGAACCUGGCACAAAUUUUAGGUUAGACACCUUGGAUGCCGGAAGAGGUUAUGCUUUAAUUACAAAUACAUUGUCCAGUCACAUUGUCUAUAGGCAGUGCAAUGUCCAAUGUCAAAAUAAUUUUGCACUGUUGUGAAAUAAAAGACUUUUCUCUAAUUCAGUUUCUGUAAGUUGUAAACAACUCUACGACUGAUAGUGAUUCACACAUUUAUUCCUCGGGAGCUGUUUCAUUCAGUUUGUCGAUGAAAACAGGCCAAAGCUAAAUGGGAGUCAUGUUUUCAGCUUUAAUACUAAACUAUACUUUAAUUCUGAAUAAUGCAAUAUUUUAUACAAAAGGAGAAAGUAUUGCCUUCUGUUUGAGGAGUCUGGGUAUAAAAUUCUACUUAAUGUUCGGUAAAUAAUUUGGUCACACGGCUGUAAAUAUCUCAUUUAUCAUAAUUGUUUAACAUUUUAGUCAAGUAAUAAUUUCUUAUUACAGCUAAAUAUUUUAAGUCCCACUAGGUUAUUUGACUGCUUCAUUUUUUUUGUCAUUUGCUUUGAAAAACUGAAGGUCACUUUCUUAGCAUCUGAUGGUUUUACAAAGUUACACACACAAAAUGCUGGAGGAACUCAGCAAGCCAAGCAGCAUCUAUGGAGCAGAAUAAACAGUCAACGUUUCUCUCUUCAUCUCCACUCCCCACCCACCUACUUCCCCCUCACCUGGCUUCACCUAUCACCUUCCAACUUGUUGUCCUUUCCCAUCCCCUACUUCCUUAUUUUGACUUCUUUCUAGUCCUGAUGAAGGGUCUCGGCCCAGAACGACAACUGUUUGCUGUUCUCCAAAGACGUUGCCUGGUCAGCCGAAUUCCUCCAGCAUUUUGUGUUGUUGCUAUGGGUUUCCAGCAUCUGCAAAUUUCCUUGUUUGUUUUAGAAAGUUAUUCAUUUUUGUUUCUUAUUUUAACCUAAGAAUUUAUUUCAGAAUUUAUCAAGUGGUGUGCCUCAGGCCUUUGUCAUUAUUAUUCAAAAUUGUAUCACAAAGGCAACGUGUCACCUCACAGAGAUGAAACUUGCUGCGGGAGAACAUACUAAAUGGUUUAGAAUCUAUCCCCAUAGAGAGCGAGAAGUUGAACAAUGUUGUGGUAAAUAUAAGCACCAGUAUGUUCCAUUGCACAUAGAGUGGUGAAUAAACCUGCUUAAACUGAAAUUGCUGACUAAAUUGUGUUAUUUUAAAGUACCAGCAGUUUU